GAAUAUUUCAAGAACAUCGAUGAGAACGAACUACUCAGAAGGAAAUGAAGUGAUGGAGAACAUUCAAUACUUUAUGGCGAACUGGAAGUUUCACUCUCUGACCCUUUUAUUGGUUGUUUCUUGGUAUGGAAUCAGCACGACUAUCAUACUUUUGACAAAGUGGGCCGUUUCUGAGGUUCCUGGUUUCGAGUUUCCUCUGUUGAUCACUACAACAAACAACUUGGGUGCUUUCGUUUGGUCUUUUCUAUUUAUAAGGUUUGUUGUGAACAAUAUUCCACACUGCUCGAAGGAACGGUUGUUGUAUUCUUUUUUUCCAGUUUCAGUGGGUAUCGCUCUAGAAAUUGGACUUUCCAACAUUGCCUUGUCGCUACUAUCCGUUGCGCUUUCUACACUUUUAAAGGGUUCUGCACCACUUUUUGUUAUGUUUUGGGGUCUGCUACUUGGUACCGAAGUUUUUAAGUUGAACCUGUUCUUCUCCAUUGGUUUGAUUUGUUUGGGACUUGCGUUAACUUCCGUUGGCAAUUACGCUGGAAAUACACUAGGAAUCAUCCUACAACUUACUGCUGUUGCUGCAGGUGGUUUUCGUUGGUGCCUUAUGCAGAUUUUAUUACAAAGGAGAGGAGACGAACACAGAGUUUCUGCUCUUGAACUAACAUAUUAUACUGCUCCUUUGACAGCACUGGUGUUAUUUCCAUUUGUUGUUGGUUUGGAAGGCAAGUCUUUUGUAGCCUAUCUGACAAAUACAGCGUCUAGUCAAGUUGCCUAUAUGAUACUGAUAUUGUUGCUCAUUUCUACUUUUGUUUUCCUAUUGUUGAUUGUGGAAUAUUUAUUGGUAAGAAGGACCUCUUCACUGGCUAUGGCAGUUGCUGCAGUAUUUAAAGAAGGGACAACUAUUGUUGGAGGUGCAAUAUGGUUUCAUGAUCGUUUGAGCAUUGUGAACGUAGUAGGAUUUGUUGUUUGUCAAAUGGGCAUUUUAUGGAUCCUACAUUACUGAAUCAAGUCGUAUCAUCAAAAGAUGAUUCG